ACAGAUGAUCAAGAUGAAGGUGAUGCUAUAGGUUGCCUAUACACAUUGAAUCACUUACGAACACUUGACGGUGAUAAUCAACAAAAUUGGACAACAUUUAAACGGUUAUUUUUGAAUGAUGAUGAGACUAGUUGGCUAUCAUCCCCAUGGGGUGAACAAGUAGCAAACUGUUCAGUGUCGGAAUUUGCUGAUAGUCUUUCAUCAUUAGGCACAAUGUUAAAAAAUAUGCAAGAUAUAAUGGAAAAACCGGACUUCGAUGGAAUAAUUACCACCAAUAUAAGUCAAAAUGAAUUUACUGGUGCACAGAAUAUUCUGAACGAUUUAAUUCAACCGUCAAAUAUGGUUCACAAUGGUCUAAUGACCUCUUGGUUACCAAUGUCCACCUGUUCACAUUUCAAUGCCUUACCAAUGGGUAUGUCACCCAAUGUUCGUUCAUCAUUUCAACAUCGUUCAGUACUUGCUGAUCAUCCAACUGGACCGAUGAAUAAUGUUUUGCAAGGUCGUUCAUUACCAUCAGCAAUAGACUCAUCAACACGACAAACAUUUAAUCAAUACAGUAAACGUGCUUCAGACACCUUCUUGAAUUUAUUACGCGCAGCUCCAAAUUACGAUAUAACAUUGAACGAUUUAGUCAAAUAUUAUGAUAGACCACAGUCAACGGCGCAGUCCUCCAUUCCAAAACAAAUUGUCUCGCAUGCAAUGAACACAUCAUCGGUAAACAAAGAAAACUUCACAUUAAUUUUUUUCGAUCCAAACUUUGGUAUUAAAAACAUAACAGAUGAAAUGUAUCGUACCAUAAAUGAUUAUAUUUUAUUUUAUGCUGAUAAAUCACAAUUACUCUCAUAUGUACAAUCGAUUAAUGAAGAAAAAAUUUUUAUUAUCAUUUUUGAUCCUUCACUAGAUAUGAACUUUUUGUCUCAAUUACAAAAUUUGAACCAAAUCAAUUCAAUUUUCAUCUAUUGUUUGAAACAAGACAAUUAUGAAUGGUUAAUGAAUAAUUAUUCAAAAAUAAGUGGUAUAUAUACAGAUAAAACAUUAUUACUAGAACAAGUACGAACAACAAUUGCACAACAAUCAACAUUGACAUUUGGUUUCAAUGAUCCCCAACAAAUAUUUACAACAUACACAAAAUUAUCAAGAGAGAAUGCUUUAUUUCUUUGGAAUGUAUUACUGAAAGAUCUACUGAUGAAGGAUCAAUCAACAGAUAAAAGUUCAAUGAUACAAAAAUGCACAGAAUAUUAUUGUAGAAAUACAACAGAAAUGGAAAAUAUUGAACAAUUUGAAAAGACAUAUGAGUCAGCAAAUGCGAAUGAAUGGUAUUCGAAACGUUGUUUUGUUUCCAAACUGCUCAACAAAGCAUUUCAUACAGCCGAUACGAAACAACUGAAAUUAUUUAACUUCUUUAUUCAUGAUCUUUGUUCAAAUAUUAAAUCAUGUUCUUCCGUUGAAAAACUUUAUUGUACAACAAUAGUAGCAACAAAUCAAUUUGAAAUGUUAUUGAAAAAUGUGGAUAAAUUAAUAACAUUAGUGGUUGUGAAUGUUUGUACACCAUAUGUUUAUUCGAAUAAUACAAAUGAAGUGAUAUUUGAUAUGGGCACUACAUUUCAAUUUAGUUCAUUUGAUUUCGAUGAUAAUUUGAAAUUAUGGAUUGCUCGUUUGACUGCAACCAAUGAUGGUACACAAAUUUCGCAAAAUUAUAUUAUAGCAAAACAACAGACAAUGGAAAGAAUGACAUUAUCAAUAAUUAUGGGAGAAUUAUUAUUGACAAUUGGCGAUUUGUCUAAAACGAAAACAUAUUUCGAAAAUUUACAAAAUGAAGAUGAUGCACUCAUCUAUUAUUACUAUGGACGUAUACAUUAUUUAAAAGGUGAAUAUGAAUUAGCACUAGAAAAUUUACAAAUAGCAUAUGAAUUAAUGAUAACUGAAGAACGUCUAAAGGAUAGUGCGUUCGUUUUACAUGACAUUGGAUAUGUUUAUGAUAUGAAAAAAGAGUUUAAUGAAGCACUCGAUAGUCAUCGCAAAGCAUUGAACAUCAGACAAACACAUUAUUCUGCGAAGGAUGUACAAAUCGGCGUGAGUUUGUAUAAUAUUGGUCGUACAUUGGUUAAUAUGGAUGAUGAUAGUGAAGGAUUGAUUUAUCAUCAAAAAGCAUUAAACAUAUGGGAACAAACACUCACAUAUAACCAUCCAUACAUGGUACAAAGUUUACAUAGUCACGGCGCAGUUUACUUUAAUAAACGAGAUUAUUCACAAGCAUUACAUUACUAUACAAGAGCACUAAAAUUGUAUGAAAUGAGCGUACCCCGUGAUAAUCAUGGUAUUUUAAUGGUUAAAAAUGCUUUGGAAAAAAUCAAUGAUCUUAGUUCACGACAAUUAAUGACUCGAUAA